AUGGUUGAACUCAAUUAUUCGAUCUUUGCUGUUAUCUAUCUACACCCCAAGAACGUGCAUGCGCCAGCGGAGUAUGUGUUCUACACGGAAUUUCAAAGUCACGAACCCGAAUUCGACUACCUUAAAAGUUUGGAGAUCGAAGAGAAAAUAAACAAGAUUAAGUGGUUAAAGCAACAAAAUAAGGACAGGCUUCUAUUAUCUACCAAUGAUAAAACAAUUAAGCUGUGGAAGAUUUAUGAGAAGGUGAUGCACUCUAUCUCAUCGAUGAACACAUGCGACGACGAUGGUAACCCUCUUCCCGCUAAGAUCAUCAAGGAAGCCAAUAACUUGAAGAUCCCUCUGUUGGCCCACGAAGACACAAUAUUUGCCGCCGUACCGCGACGUGUAUAUCCCAACGCGCACGCCUAUCACAUCAACUCCAUCUCCAUCAACUCUGACGAUGAACUGUUCAUGUCGGCCGACGACUUGCGCAUUAAUCUGUGGCAUUUGUCCAAUAACAAAGAGAGUUUCCGCAUUCUCGAUAUAAAACCAUCAAAUAUGGAAGACUUGACCGAAGUCAUCACCGCAGCUGAGUUCCACCCCAGGGAGUGCAACACGUUCAUGUACAGUAGCAGUAAAGGGACGAUAAAGCUCUGUGAUAUGCGAGAUGCGGCUAUCUGCGACAACCAGUCCAAGGUGUUCGAGGAGAAGGAGGACCCGGCAAACAAAUCAUUUUUCUCAGAGAUUAUCUCCUCGGUGUCUGAUAUUAAGUUUACUAACAAUGGCAAUCAAAUUGUAGCCCGUGACUACUUGACUGUCAAGGUUUGGGACAUUCGUAACGAGCGCGGCCCUGUUAAGAGUUUCGAGGUGCACGAAUUCCUGAGAAGCAAGAUGUGUGACUUGUAUGAGAACGACUGCAUCUUCGACAAGUUCGAGUGCACAACUUCUGGCAAUGAUAUGCAGAUCAUGACGGGGUCUUACCACAACAUGUUCCACAUCUUCAAUGCCGACGGCUCCAAGGAGGUAUGUUGCGUCUGUGCCUAG